AUGAUAGACUCCAGCCCUCAGCCAGCACAUGCUUCUGGGACUCCACCUCCAUCCUUGAAUCUAACACUGAACGAGAACACCCCACAUAGACUCCAGCCCUUGCCAGCACAUACUUCUGGGACUCCACCUCCAUCCUUGAAUCUAACACUGAACGAGAACACCCCACAUAGACUCCAGCCCUCGCCAGCACAUACUUCUGGGACUCCACCUCCAUCCUUGAAUCUAACACUGAACGAGAACACCCCACAUAGACUCCAGCCCUCGCCAGCACAUACUUCUGGGACUCCACCUCCAUCCUUGAAUCUAACACUGAACGAGAACACCCCACAUAGACUCCAGCCCUCGCCAGCACAUACUUCUGGGACUCCACCUCCAUCCUUGAAUCUAACACUGAACGAGAACACCCCACAUAGACUCCAGCCCUCGCCAGCACAUACUUCUGGGACUCCACCUCCAUCCUUGAAUCUAACACUGAACGAGAACACCCCACAGAGACUCCAGCCCUCGCCAGCACAAGCUUCUGGGACUCCACCUCCAUCCUUGAAUCUAACACUGAACGAGAACACCCCACAUAGACUCCAGCCCUUGCCAGCACAUACUUCUGGGACUCCACCUACAUCCUUGAAUCUAACACUGAACGAGAACACCCCACAGAGACUCCAGCCCUCGCCAGCACAAGCUUCUGGGACUCCACCUCCAUCCUUGAAUCUAACACUGAACGAGAACACCCCACAGAGAUUCCAGCCCUUGCCAGCACAUACUUCUGGGACUCCACCUACAUCCUUGAAUCUAACACUGAACGAGAACACCCCACAGAGAUUCCAGCCCUCGCCAGCACAAGCUUCUGGGACUCCACCUCCAUCCUUGAAUCUAACACUGAACGAGAACACCCCACAGAGACUCCAGCCCUCGCCAGCACAAGCUUCUGGGACUCCACCUCCAUCCUUGAAUCUAACACUGAACGAGAACACCCCACAUAGACUCCAGCCCUUGCCAGCACAUACUUCUGGGACUCCACCUACAUCCUUGAAUCUAACACUGAACGAGAACACCCCACAGAGACUCCAGCCCUCGCCAGCACAAGCUUCUGGGACUCCACCUCCAUCCUUGAAUCUAACACUGAACGAGAACACCCCACAGAGAUUCCAGCCCUUGCCAGCACAUACUUCUGGGACUCCACCUACAUCCUUGAAUCUAACACUGAACGAGAACACCCCACAGAGAUUCCAGCCCUCGCCAGCACAAGCUUCUGGGACUCCAUGGCACCUCCAUCAUUGAGUCUGACAGCUUCAACACAUCUACACCUUCCUGUUUGCUGUGCGUGCUACUGACAACGGAAGCCCAGGACGAAGCACAGACGGAUCAGUGACCAUCCAGAUCACCAGGGCUGUACUGCCUCGGUUCUUGAACACGCCGUAGUCUCCACCUCCGUACAGGAGAACAGUGUCAAUGGAACUUGCAUCUUUACUGUUUCUGCUACUGAUGCUGAUGGACAGUUGAGACUGAUCGCCUAUGACAGUCAGACUCCGGGCCAGCGAGCAACAGCAGACGUCACAAUUGGUGUACAGCAUAACGUUAACUCGCCCAUCUUCAAGCCAGACUGUGAACUUCAUUGAGGUUAUCCCAGAGGAAACUGCAGUUGGCGCCUCAAUCCUUCGAGUUACUGCCACAGAUGCUGACAAAGAUCAGCUGACAUGCUCCCUGACAAGUGAGACCAGAAGUUUCGGGCAGACGACAUACUUUGAUGUUGAGGUUUGGGCAUGUAUUGUGUUCAUUAACAGGAGCCUCAUUAGGGAAUUCUGACAGGCAGACAGGAAUACUCUUUGACUAUGGAACCACAGACAACCAAUUGGAAAACCCCAAGUUUGGAACUGCAAUGGUUUACGUGACCGUUCUACGUGACCUCUCGCCACCAGUAGAUUCACCAAGCUGCCGUUCUCAAUUGACCUCAACGAGCAGACCACUAUUGACACUAAGUCUUUUCUUAGGGUCGUUUACAAAGUGAUGGCUACUGAUGACGACCUGGAGGGCAGCAUGCAUUGUGUACGCGCUAUAAAGCUUCUUUGAUCUGGACACUGCCACUGGACAGCACUCUGUGUACUUUUCCAAUGGUGGUGAUGCUACUGACCAGGAGUUCUUCUACGUAAGCACAAACACUGGUGACAUUUUGCUGCGAAAAUCUCUC